UACAAUCGCAUCAUCAUCUCGUUGCUCUAUCGAUAAAUUAGCUAUUCGUUCAUUAAGAUCUGAUCAGAAGCAGCUGAUCAGUGUGACUUGUUUGCUGCGCCCAAGCAAUUCCACCACAGCAGGAUUAAUCUCAGCAAAGGUGGAGCUCAUUUAUACGUGGAUUACUUUCAAUCUAGGGGGAAUUUUGAAAUCCCGGUCUGUCUCAAAGCGUUAAUCUGGAGCCAUAUGGCAACCCUACAUGUAUAUCAAACAUCCUAUGCAGGAUCAAUUGUGCAAUGCUCUUAAUUUUAGCGUCACUUUUCCUAAAUCGGGUGGAAGUUCUUCUAUACCCACUGUGGUACUAGUUCCAUUACAGGUGAAAUAAUGUCAUGGGGUUAUAUCUGCGUUAACAGUAUCUGCAUUGAUUUUAAUAUGACGAACUGAUUCGAGAAGUUUCACCUCGGUCUGGUUGGAGCACUGCAGACCGACGAAGGGGGCGAAUUUUUGGGGUACAGGCUCCCACAAAAACAACGAAUCGGCAGGCCGGGAGAGGGGAGGGGAAGGGUUACGCACGGACCGACGCACGGGGAGCCCACCUGACGUCAGACGCCGCGUUGGCUCCUAAAGAAAGUUUUUUUUGUUGUUGUUAGAAAGUUUUGAGAUUUUUUUUUCUCUCCUUCGUAAAUCUAAAAAAUAAGUUAUAUAAAUAUACAUAAGGCGUGUGUUCCGAUCGCUUGCAAAGCGGUGGAAAAUGGCGGAAACGAAGAUAAUAUAUCACAUUGAUGAGGAAGAAACGCCUUAUCUGGUGAAAAUUCCGAUCCCAGCCGAGAACAUUACUUUACUGGAUUUUAAACAAGUUUUAAACAAGCCGAACUACAAGUUUUUUUUCAAGUCCAUGGACCAGGAUUUUGGAGUUGUGAAGGAAGAGAUUUCUGACGACCGCACCAAGCUUCCCUGCUUCAACGGGAGAGUCGUAUCCUGGCUGGUUUCCUCGGACAGCCCCUGUGCAGAAGUUGUGGCCCCUCCAGUAGAGAUCAGAGCGGAUCCCUCUCCGCCCCCUCCCCCGCUGCCGCCCCCCCCUGCGGAGCGUACUGUGGGGAUUGGAGACUCCAGACCCCCCUCUUUCCAUCCGAAUGUCGCGGGCAGCCAGGAGAAUCUCGAUGACCAGACGGAAACCGAAUCGGUGGUCUCGUCUCGGCGAGAGAGACCACGCAGGAGGGAGAGCCACGAGCAGCACGGGGGUCCUCGGCUGAACGGGCAGAGCAGGUUAGAGCGCCAUCUAGCUGGCUAUGAGAGUGCGAGCACGGUGAUGAGCAGCGAGAUCGAGACCACCAGCUUCUGUGACUCCGACGAGGACGACACCAUGAGCAGGUUCAGCAGCUCCACGGAGCAGAGCAGCGCCUCCAGACUGCUGAAGAGACAUCGGCGCCGCAGGAAGCAGAGACCCCCGAGACUGGAGAGGACCUCUUCCUUCAGCAGUGUCACCGAUUCCACCAUGUCCCUGAACAUCAUCACAGUCACGCUCAACAUGGAGAAGUACAACUUCCUGGGGAUCAGCAUCGUGGGGCAGAGCAACGAGCGGGGCGACGGAGGGAUCUACAUCGGAUCCAUCAUGAAGGGGGGGGCCGUGGCCGCGGACGGGCGGAUCGAACCCGGGGACAUGCUGCUGCAGGUGAACGACAUUAAUUUUGAGAACAUGAGUAACGAUGACGCGGUCCGAGUCUUGAGGGAAAUCGUCCACAAGCCCGGGCCAAUCAUCCUAACAGUGGCCAAGUGCUGGGACCCGUCUCCCCAGGGCUACUUCACCCUGCCCCGGAACGAGCCGAUCCGCCCCAUCGACCCGGCUGCCUGGGUGUCUCAUUCAGUGGCUCUGACCGGAGCUUACCCUCCCUACCCUGGGAGCUCCUCCCUCAGCACCAUCACCUCCAGCAGCUCCAUGACAGAGACUGAACGUUUUGACGACUUCAACCUCUCUCUCCACUCGGACAUGGCCUCCGUUGCCAAGGCGAUGGCCUCCCCAGAGUCUGGGUUGGAGGUUCGAGACAGGAUGUGGCUGAAGAUCACCAUUCCAAACGCUUUCCUGGGCUCUGACGUGGUCGAGUGGCUGUAUCACCACGUGGAUGGUUUCCAGGACCGUCGGGAGUCGCGCAAGUACGCCAGCAACCUCCUGAAGGCCGGCUUCAUCCGGCACACCGUCAACAAGAUCACCUUCUCUGAGCAGUGCUACUACAUCUUCGGAGAUUUCAGCGACUGUGAGAACUACAUGGCCAACCUGUCUCUGAAUGAUAACGACGGCUCCAGUGGUGCUUCUGACCAGGACACGCUGGCCCCCCUGCCCCUCCCCGGAGCCACCCCGUGGCCCAUGAUGCACACCUUCCCCUACCAGUACCCCCACCCCUACUCCAGCCAGCCCCCUCCCUACCACGAGCUCGCCAGCUACAGCUAUGGACCAGGCAGCACUGGGAGCCAGCACAGCGAAGGAAGUCGCAGCAGUGGCUCGACGCGCAGCGAGGGGGAGCGGAGGCGCGGGGGGAAGGGCAGCGGGCGGGACGAGAAGUCUGGAGGCGGGGCCGGGGCCGACUCGCGCUCCGGCAGCGGGAGCGAAUCAGAAUACUCGACUCGGAGCAGCCUGCGGAGAGACCACGCCUCCGUGGCAGGAAGCGAACACUCCCACCACUCCCACCACACUCAGCGUUCCCACCUCUCCCAGCACUCCCAGCGUUCCCACCUCUCCUACGGGCCUCCGGGGAUCCCUCUGUCCUACAACCCCAUGAUGGUCAUGAUGCUGCCCCAGCCUCACCCCCCUCCGCAUCCCCACCCCGGCAUGCUGCCCCCAGCUUCAGGAGGUCCUCCGGGGGCUCCCCCUGUCCGGGACCUGGCCUCUGUCCCUCCAGAGCUCACAGCCAGCCGGCAGUCCUUCCACUUAGCCAUGGGCAACCCCAGCGAGUUCUUCGUGGAUGUCAUGUGAGCAGGGGGCUGAUCAGCACGGCUACCGAUUUUGAACUUUCUUAAAGAGUACGAAAAAUAUAUCCAAGUGGCGUUAAUUAUUUUUACGUGGUUACGUCCGUAAUUAUUGAACGUUGAAAAUUCAAUGACAAACCACUAGAAGACAUCGAGACUCCCGUUUGUCGUUGAAUUUAUGAAGUUUUGAGUGUUAGACUGUAAUGCACAAGGGUUUCAGGCUAAUGCCGGCAAACGUUUUCAGAAAACCUACGAUGAAGGCGUUAGCCAAAACCGUUCUACCUUUUUUAGAUGAGUAGAUUCGUUGUAAAAUGACAGGAAAAUAUGUUGUCGUUCUAGUUACUGCCAAAAUAAAUUUAGCCCCGCGAUACAAGAUAGAUUUAAAUGGUUUUUGUAUCAAAUAGAACUACUUUUAAAAAAAAUUUGAAAAAAAAUAAAAAUCAUGCUUCCAGUUGCACUGAAAAUUUCUUAGUUUGGUGUUUGUUUGUUUUUUUUCUUCUUUAGUUCACUAACUUGUAAAAUAAUGAAUCUGAAGUUUUACAUUAAAUAAAGUUCUAAAAUAUAGCUGUUCAGUUCUAGAAUAGCAAGUCACUUUGAUAGGUGUGUUUUAGGUGCUUUUGACUAAGAGUUCAGGAGCCACUUUUCUUAUCAGCCUGACACAUGUAAUAUAGGUUAGAUCGGCCAGUGCAAUGCAGAUUUCAAGCUAGCUAUAACAUUUUAGAAUUGAAAUCUGCAACUGUUUAAGAGCUGAAAACAAUUAAAAAGGUCUAAUUAAGCAAAUGAUCCGUUCAAUUUUAAGGGUCUAGUUAAGUAACCAGUGAUCUAGCACACUGCGAAUUUAUCACCAGCAAAACAAAAGGAAGUUGAUCCAAAGGGGCAGACCACUAGAUGGCGCUGUCCCUUACUUCUGUAAAGACUCCCGACUUAUCUAGCCUGUUUUACUUACAUCUAUGACAGACAACUAGGACUGAAGAGCAGCUCCUGAACUCAGUCAAAGCACCCUGACACGCAAAAAAUGUAAUACGAACCACACGGUUUACUGAAGUACAUAAAAAAAUAUACAGUGUAACAACAAAAACAGUCCCGUCCUGCAACAAACGCUGUCAUUUCAGAAAGCACUGGUUCCUGUUCAUUUCAGUAGUAGAAAAAUUCUACAUUAUCAAACGUUACCAAAAAACGAAAUGAUGUUUUGAAAUAUGUUAAUGAUGUGGUUACGAGUAGCCGAAUUAUUGUACCACCAUGAAAUGGGGGCGCCAUCUGCACGAUCUGAAGCGUGUUCCCAGAACAGUAACCCUUUGUGAAAUUUCCCUGUAAAAUACCUCUGGAAUUGUAACACACACAUUGCAUUGUGGUUGUCUGUAAGUGUUUUUUUUUUUUUCUAGGUAGGGACAUCUACUACAGAUAUUAAUAAUAUGAGACUCUGAGGUACUCUAUUGCCUGACGUUCGUGCCACAUCAUGAAGGGAGGGGAAUUUAAUGUAUUAAUAAUAAUUUUGAAGCCGAGACUGACAAUUGUCAGUGCGAUCCGUCAGUUUUAACCAAACAUUAAGGUGCUAAUGAAGAUUUUUGUCUAAGUACUGCCAUGUUUGUAUGUUUUUUUUAAUAAAUUUGUACUGGGCCCAAA